AUGAAAUAUCGCAGCCCAAAACUUCUGAUUAUUCUACAUCUCCUUCCCAUGACUGUGCUCAACCAGGACUUCAACAGCAGUGUUGGGAAACCCCCUGAAGGCCACCAGGAAAUCUUCAGGAUCCAUCAAACUUCAGGGAUCGACUCUCCUAACUCACCCUCUUCCUCUGCAGAGGCUCUGAGCUCCUAUGGAGAGAGCGAUGUUCAGCGCAUCAUUGGGGGAUACAUUGUUCCACCCCAUUCUUCCAAGUACCUAGUGUCUCUUAAGAGGAAUACCGGUUACCAUUUCUGUGGGGGAGCGUUGGUCAGUCGCAGAUGGGUCUUGACUGCAGCGCACUGCAAAACCGGGAUCAACCAAAUGUUGAUCGUUGCUGGGGAGUAUUCUCUCUCCACUUUAGAAGGCACAGAACAGAUAUUCCGGCCUGUCCGCAUGGUGGUCCAUCCAGAUUACAGCGCCAUGUCCAAAAAUGCAGAUAUCAUGCUCAUUAAGUUGAACAAGCCAGUAUCAUACAGUGCCUCCGUCUCCAUUGUGCCUCUUCCUCAUCAAGGAUCUACAGUAAGAGAUGGCCGCUUCUGCCAAGUCUCCGGAUGGGGCUACACCACCCCUAUUGGGGGAAGGACAUCUGACACCCUGCGCAGUGUCUACCUCCCCAUCAUCGCAACUUGGAAGUGUAACAGCUCGGCUUCAUAUGCCGGAUACAUCACAAAGAAUAUGAUAUGCGCCGGGUUCAGCACUGGCGGCAAAGAUGCAUGCCAGGGAGACUCAGGGGGACCGCUGGUCUGCGAAGGACGUGUAUUCGGAAUAGUUUCCUGGGGACACAGCUGUGCCAGCCCCCGAUAUCCAGGUGUCUACACAGCAGUCGCCAGCUUUCAGAAAUGGAUUUACAAGACCAUCUUCAAGCAAUAG